AUGGAGAGUGCGGUGCUGAUGGUAUUGCUUGGCACGAUUUUCGAGUUUAGCACCUCGCCAGUGCUUUUUCUUGCUGUGGCUCCUCGUGCCUUCCAGCUGUGGCGCAACCUGCUCCUUCUUUCUCUGCCAUGUCUACCCGGAACUGCUCUGGGGCUGUAUAUCCUGGUGCAGACUGGUGAGAACCAAUCCAUCUUGGAGAUGGUGAAGACCUUCCUCAAUCUGACUUUCGCCAUGGUGGCGCUCUUCAAAAUCACCAUGGAAUUCAGGGCCUACGCAAAAGCGCGGCGCUUGAACCAGCCGCUGCACCUUGCGGAGGAGCUCGAUGAGGACUUGGAUACUGAACUCUGCAAGAAGAUGGGAGUCCAGUUUGUAAUUGUGGGCUUCUCCUGUGGCUUUCUCAAUGGGCUCAUGGGGCUCCCCGGGCCACUGAUGAUGGUGCAUUUUGCGCAGGCGCUUUCUAACAGGAAGAUGACCGCAAAGACUUGCUUCACGCUGACGCAAUCGUUCUUCUUGGUUACAACGCUGAUGC